GGUACCUCAUUGUCACUAAGGUACUGCCCAGCAACCAUGCAUCCCUCAUCCCCUGUAGAGGACUCCACAACAUCCUCUAGAAGGGACUCAGCAUGGCGUAUGCCCACUGCACCCAAGAACACCUUUGAGGGGUCCCUGCAAAGAGCUGGUAAGGUUUUUGCAGAAGAUAUGCUGGGCACACUGAAGGCCCUCAAAAUCAAGAUGCAGAACAAAGAGUUGGCCAAUGGGCAGUGCCAGAGGGUGGCAGAUAUAACCAUCUUAUAUCUGAAAAGAAUGAAGCCACAGGGAGAACUGGAGGAUGCAUGUACAUCACUCCUGGCUCUGGGGUCUCACAGCAUAGAAAUGAUCAUCCAUAUGCUGUUCUAUGACGUUGAGGCAGACAGAAUGCCCCCAAGGAGCCUGCUGCUGGCCCCGGAGCAACUCAGUCUGCGUCCAGGCAUAGAGAACUACCGGGAUGCCACGUGGGCCCGUAUCCUGAGCCUGCUGAGGAAGAGUGACAAGGAGAAGGACAUGCUGUUGCUGUGUCAGGUGCUCCAUGGACUGGCCACCAGUUCCCAGGCUGUCCUGGACGAUGCCUCUCUGCAGGAGGGAGCGAUGACCAGAGUGUUCAUCAAAGUGGCCACCAAGGCUGAUAAAACCCUCCAGGUUUUCUUCCGCCAUCAGCCCCUGGCCAGCAAAAGCCAGGUGGCAGAGAAAGCUCUGGAGACCACUGGCCACCUCUGCUGUCUCCUGCAACUCUCAGAACGUGAGAGGCUGGUGUACUCGUUAACUGGAGGGUUGACGACGUUGACUGCCACACCAGUGAGGCCGCUCUACAUCUGCAAGAAACUCAGUUGUGCCCUGAAGGUUGUCAAGUUGGUAUUGGCAGCAGCAGUCAGGGGAGUGGUGUCCCAUGCAGAUGACCUCCACUUCUGGGACCUUCUUUCCAGCUCCAUGUCUUUCUACACUUGGGUCAUGGACCUGAUAAGCUCCUCUGUCACCCAUCAGUGGCCCAGAGCCUGAUGCACAAAUCUCUGGGUAUUGUCACCCAGUGGGUCAAUGACCCCAAUGUCAGCAUGGUAGGAAUUGGCCUGUGGGGCAU